AUGCUUCGACACAAUGAGACAGGGCAGACUCUUUUUGGCCGCUCUGUGGAUCAAAAUGGGCGUCUUUUCGUCGAUCGUUCUGGCUUCUUGUUUGAAUAUGUCUUGGAGUAUCUUCGCACUGGGUAUUGGCUGUUGGGCGAUCGGGGUCGGAAUCGAACCUUCUUGGAUGCCCUCCGAGCAGAAGCGCUUUUCUAUGGCCUCGAUGGCCCUGUCCCCGAGAUCUUUACCGCAGAGGUCUCGGAGUACUUUUCCAUUUGGAGUGCAGAUGAUGGCCAUGAGAUUAUUUUCUUGAUUUCCUUAGAGGACGAUAUCAAUGACCCUUCGGCUUUCCAAGCUUCAUUUGUGCCUGAGAGCAUUUCUGGAUGUUCUGGACAUGCUGGAGAGCAUUGCUCACAAAAUCCGGAGAAAAGGUCGAAUGACCAGAAUGCCCACUUGGCACACAAGUAUCCUGUGCAAGUCAAGCUUCCUGGAGGUUGUGUCAAGACGCUGUAUGCGGAGGCAGUGGAUGGUAUGUCAGCUGCAGACAUUGCCAGGAAAUUUAUUGACCAGAACUGUUUGAAGCCGGGCUUUGUGAAGCCAUUGGAGUGGGUGGUGGGUGCAAUCUGGGAGAAUGCCAGGUACAACUUUCACUUUCACCACACAGAAGGGCACUUUUUGGAUCAGUCCUCGCAAAGGUACACUGACUUUCCAACAGGAAGCCCUCCGGUGCUCACACUGAAGGAAGUGCCUUUGCUCACGGAGGUUCGAGCUUUUCACCCGAUCAUCUUCGCCCGCAAGUUCGACGCAUCCAAUCACUCCAGCAUUCGUCUGGAAGAACUUUCACCUCUUCGAAAGGCCAUCAAUCGCUGGGCUCCUGCAACAGGAAGCUUCAGCAAGAUCCUGGAUGCAGUCAGCCAUGGAGACCUCAGAGGUGCUGAGCAACAGCUGUCGUCAACAUCGAUCUUUGACACCCUGCCUGCCAGCUACCGUCUCUAUGUGCAGCAUGCGCACAGUGCGCAGCCACACUUCCGCGAGGCAAGAGUGAAUGGCACGCUGUGGCUUACUGAAAGAUAUGCCGUUCCACAGGAUUUGCUUUGGACGCACUCACCCAUACAAUGGAUCCGCGUGGGCACAGGCUGGAAUUCCUCUGACCUGCAGUUCCAUGGUGCGGUCUCUGUCUUGAGCACCCUGGAGGCACAACAGGGACUUUGGGCAGCCUUCUACUGGCACCUCGGGCAACCAGCACGUCAUCUACAAAUCAGUUGGUCAAGCCCAAAUGGCCGGAGAAUAUGGGUUAACCAGGAGCUUCCAGCUUAUCAGCUUUUCAGCGUAGCGAAAGCUCCCCUACAAGGUGUGCCUGAAGCUGGGUGGUGGUUGGUGGAAGUCGCCACAGGUUAUCCUCAACCCGGCCUUCAAGAUACUCAGGCAAAGCUUCAGGUACGUGUUGUAUCUCGGCGCUUCUUCCUACAUGAUAGCAGCACGCCACAGGGUGACUUGACGCAGGCCAUCAAGGAGUUGUUCAGCUUCGUGAUCCCAGAUGUCAGGUGA